ACCACAGGGUUGCAUGCGAGUCAACUGUCAUUUUUGACACGCGGAAGUGACUUGCCUGUGUCAAAGCCGAGCAGCGUUCUUUUCGUUUAAAGGUCUCCUAGGCGAAAGUUGUGUUUUUCUGUGCAUAUUCACGUUUCGUGUCAAAAACUAAAGACUUAAACAUGCGUUACGUGGCUGCAUAUCUGUUGGCUGUCCUCGGUGGACAAGAGAGCCCCGCCAAUGCUGAUUUGGAGAAGAUCCUCAGCUCCGUCGGUAUUGAGGCUGAUGCCGAGCGUCUCACCCGCGUGAUCAAGGAGCUCAAAGGCAAGAGCAUCGAUGAUCUGAUCAAGGAGGGUCGCGAGAAGCUCUCGUCCAUGCCCGUUGGUGGCGGUGUUGCUGCUGCUGCUCCCGCUGGUGGCGCCCCAGCUGCUGCUGCCGGUGGCGACAAGAAGGAAGCCAAGAAGGAGGAGAAGAAGGAGGAAUCCGAGUCUGAGGAUGACGAUAUGGGUUUCGCUCUCUUCGAAUAAGCUUCCUGCACACACAAAAACAACAACAGAGCGUGUACUAUAUAUAUGCUAAACAUAUGCAGAGCAGCAACCAACAUCAACAGCUAAAAUCGUGGACAGCGGCCAGCGGAAUCAACAUCUUCAUCUGCAUUGCACAGUGGCGCACAUUGCUAUGAGUUCCUGUUCAAAAUUUCUUUUUUUUACCCUCCAACAUUGACAAAAUAUACAAGAAAAAAGAAACAACAACAAAAAUGAAACAUUUAUUUCUAUGAAAUAAAAAAAUCUGCAGUGUUUACGCUUAUAUACGUAACAAAAAAACAA